AUGAGUGCACGCCAACGAUUUGUCGCCAGUGGCAAGCCGUCCUCCAAGCAGCCCAGCGAAGCGGAUGGCAAUGAGCACACACCAGCCUCUGGUGCACCCGCUGGACCUGGAAAGCGUGACUCGAAUCCCGGACCACCUCUCAAAGAUGCAUCCAACUCGCCUCGUCCCGGUGGCAGAGCCUUGCAAAAUACUGCCCAAGCUGACAAGAACAAGAACGAAACGCAUAUAGUGACAGGAUCCGUACCUCAAGCAUUAAGCACACCUAUGACCUUAUCAGUCCCCGACAAACCACUUAACAUCAGCAAUCUCACUCGUCCGAAGGCCAGGAAGGCUGGCGAUGGCACUGGCACUCCCAGUCUGAACAAGAAAGACAAGAGACUUGCCGUCGAUAGGCUUAAAGAGAAUGACCCUAUCUCCAAGAUCGGCUCACCAAGACUUCGUCCCAUGUCCCCUGGUCGUCGUCCUCAAAAUUCUUGUCCUCCAUCGUCUUACUUAUUCAAUCCUCCGAAUGCCGGUCUACUUGCGAACGAUCGACUCAUAUCCCCAGAAUCACGCCUUGGACCUCCUGCACACCUUCAAGACGGUUCCACGCCUCAUGCAGCUGACAAUAAUCAGAGAUACAGCCGUACCCAUCAUCCUAAUAACGCUGCAUCUGGGCUUACUCCUACGAGCACCUUUUCCCCUCCUAUACGGCGCUCUUAUAGUGGAAAUCUGGAGCCCGCAAGGAGUGAAGUAUAUCCAAUGAGGACUGGCCAGGACGUGCCUUCAGAGAUGACGCAUACAUUCAGCUCACUUUCACCUCCUGCUCCUGCUCAACGCUCCGUGCAUGAAGAGCAUGUAUACGAUUAUCAAGAGCCAAUCAACGUUGAUAGACAUGAAGGCAUCGACAAUCCAGGUCCACAGGCAAUGGAACAUCGCCUCCGUCGCACGACGAAGCGCAUCGGCCAACAGGAAGAUGACGACGAGGCCCUGCAUGGUCGAGAAGGAAAGCGUACCAAGAUCGACAUGCAUAGAGAAGAGGCUCGUGAAAUCAUCGUAGAGCGCCAACAGAUUGUAGAUCCAUCCUACGAACGGCACGCCCGGGAAUCCACGCCUCCGCAUCGGUACCAGACACCCGUUCAAGUCAAUCCUCACCAGCUUCACCAGUCCCAUCCUGCCGCUCAUCAACAUUUUGAGCCGCCGCACGCUCCAAACAGAUUCCAACUCGGGGAAGACAAUCAAGCUCUUUCUCGCUUCCUUGAGGUCGACCUGGAGCACUAUGUUGGCGCACACAUUGAGAAAUAUGAAGCUGCGAAGAAACGUUGGACUGAUUGCUCGAUGGAGGACUGGAAGGCCGGCGCCAAAGAGAUGUCAGAGCGUUUCGGCAAGCUGGUCGAUUUCGUGAAAGACCAUAUGACCACGAAGCUCGAAGUCCACGCAACUCUUCACGAGAAAGUCGUACAACACAAAGUCGUACUGAGUGAGCGUCAGAGUAUGCUGAAAGACAAGCAUGAGAGGCUCGUCAAGAAUUCUGGAAUGGUUAUCGGUGGGAAUAACGCUUGCGGGCUCUAGAAGUGGUAUUUUGGUGCUUUCUCUCGACCUUUGACUCCGUGCUUUCAGACUGUUUUAUCCGCAAAGUCAUCGUUCUUCUAUAACUACUCAGCUUCAAGCCAAGAGUUCAUUCUCCACAGGCUAUCUGGACCAGAUCCUCACGCUUAUGACUGUCUCUGUCGCGCAUCUCGUUAUCAUGACUGGAUUAGCUAAUGGCUCAGAUUCACAUCUGCCUCUGCAUCAUUAUUAGAAACUGUACAUUGUUGGACUGACGAAAUGAUUAUCCCGUAACUUCUGUAGUGUAA